AUGCCCCGGGUCCUGAAACAGUUGCAGGAUGAGCCUGACCUGGCUGCCAAGUAUGCAGCUGCUUUUGGGGAAGAGCCAUACUUGAAGAUGGUUAACUUCAACUUCAUAGUGGCUCAUUCCGAGGGACUCUUCAAGAAAGAGGAUGCGACGCAGAAAGACAUUGAAAAGAAUGUUGAGGCUUGCUUUGCAGUCAUGGUGACUACUCCGUGGUGCAGACUCAGUGAAGAAGUCCUUGCCAAAGGGAUUAGCUUGUACUACCAGGAGCAAAAGCUUCUUCCUUUGGGCGUCCAUAUCGAAGCCCUAGAAAGCUUUGCAGCUCAGAUGGCUCUAGGCCUUCGCAAAAUAGUGCAGAGAUUUAGGCGGAUGUUUCAGGAAACACCUCAUGGAGCAAAGUCUCGGAAGUUGGCCCAGCUCAAGGCUCGUCUGGUCGCUGCUGGUGUGAAGCCAGAGGAUCAUACCAACAGGGCCACCAGGUCAAGCUCUUCAGGCAGUCUGCCCCGACCUGCUUCAGCGGAAGACUUGGCUGUGCUGAGUCCCAACCAUACCCCGGCCAGUGUGGACUGGGCAAAACUUGGGGAGAAACUAAAAGCCUUCCAGGCUGCAAAGGCAGCUGCUGAAAGAAAAGCUGUUGAAAUACAGCCUGUGGAACCAGACCCAAAGGCUGCUGAGCCUGCUGGCUUGGAAGCGGCGAGUGGCAGUAAGCCUGCUACUCAAGCUCGUGGGCUGCCGACUCCUGCACGAUCGACUGCGCUUCCACCUUUUGUGCUCGAAGCUUUGAAGGCACAAGUUCCUGCGGUGCAGCCCUUCUCUACUUUGCCGGAAAAUGACAAAGAUGAGCAGGGGGAAUGUGAAGCGCCUGUGGAAAAGAAGCAGGGAAAGGCCAAAGCUUCCGCUAAGAAAGCGAAAGCCCGAGCCAAAAAAACAAAGAAAGGUGAAAUUGCAGGCGCAGAAGUGGAAAGUGCCUUGAGUCUUGAAGUGGAACCAGCUGCAGCCGCAGCCACCACCACAUAUGUGGCUGGGGACUUUAUGGCCCAGAAGAAAAGGUUCAUUGAUGAUUUGCGGAAGAAGGAUCAAAUCAGCUUCCAGGAGGCGCAAAAGCGAUGGAUGCAUAGUGACCUGCGGGCAAACCUGCUGGAAAACAUGCCGUAUAGUGAGCUGAAGCGCCGCCGCUUUGCCUGA